AUGGAGCAAGAGGGCGAAUCAUUCCUUUCCGGUGCAGGGGCUUACUAUGUACCUGCUGAGUCCAGCGGCAAAGAGCUGCUCAGAGAUAUGAAGAGCCGACAAAUCAAAGCCUUCCUUGGGGGAAACGUUCAAGAGGAGCUCGCAGACCUCGUCAAGUACCAGAUUCAACCUUGGAUGGAAAAUUGCCGCAAACAACAUGUAGACCAUGGAUUCUGUGGUGCAAAAUACGCAUCAUCAGGUCUACCGACUCGACUAGUUGAUGUUGGUGAGACAAAUGACCUUUUGGUUAAACUUGUGGAGGUCAAGAGCGGAACAACCCUCCAGAGCGUGGACUACCUCAUCCUCAGCUACUGCUGGGGCAGUGGAAACGAAAAGUCCAAAACGACAGAGACCAAUCUCGACAUCCGGCUACGUGGCUUCCCCGUGUCGGAUCUUUCCAAAACGAUCCAAGACGCCAUCUUGCUGACAAGACUGAUGGGUUUCCGAUACCUAUGGGUCGAUGCGAUAUGUAUUAUCCAGGGACCAACUGGUGACUUUCGAUCAGAGUCGCCUAGAAUGGGUGAUUACUAUUCAAAUGCUGCUUGCUGUAUCUCGGCAUCGCUUGCUAAAGAUAGCCGAGAAGGCUUUCUGACUGAACGCCCGCUCGCAAGAUUUCCCAUGGACGAUAUUGCCAUCACGAUUGCCAACCACGAUACAGGAUAUACCAUAUUCAAAGACAGGUGCGACGACCAUUCUCUAGUAUCAAAUAUCCAUGGCUCCCCGCUGGCGAAGCGCGGAUGGUGCUUGCAAGAGACGGCACUCCCAAAGCGGAUACUUCACUGGACUCUACAAGGACUUUAUCUCCAAUGUCAAACUACUAAGUUAUCUGAAGAUUACAAUACCCCUUUCGUGUAUCAGUCUGGCUGUGGACACUUCUCGCCACGAGACAUAAUGACGAAGCCUGACGAAGACAUUGUUCUUGCAGGUGGAUGGUAUCAUCUUUUAUCGGUCUUUUCAAAAACAAAACUUACUUACGAAAGAGAUCGGCUGUACGCCAUUCAUGGGCUUGCGUCUAUGCUUAUACGGCGUCUCAAGACUGAAUACUUCAACGGCAUCUUCCGACCGAGUCUCGCCCAGGGUCUUUUAUGGUACCAUGAUUCGAAUCGGCUUGAAGAAUUCGAGAGACCAAAGGACGCGCAGCUACCUUCUUGGUGCUGGGCAUCAGCCUGUCCUGUUUCCUAUCUAGAAAUCCAGGAGGAACCUAUUUACGUCAAAGACGACCACCCAGAGCGACCUCUAAAAUUCCCCACGCAUUUCGAGGCAUUGAGUGUAGUUGAGAGCACCGCCUCAAGGCUAUAUAUCAGAGCCCCCAUUUUCCGCCUCACUAUUGGGAGACGCAAGGUGGGAUAUUUGUGGAAGAAUGAGUAUUUAGGCUACACGGCGUUCUUCAUGUUGAGUCCUGCCGAUGACGGAGAAUGGGGACAAGGCUUUGACGUAUUAUGGUUUCCUGUAGGUCGAGAUCAUACUUUGUAUCCAUAUGUUCCAGGGUUGUUGGUGUAUGAGGUGCCUGGUGAAGGAGAAGGGAUGUAUCGUCGUUUUGGACUUUUGCAGUACCAUGCAGACGAGUGGCUAGAUGAAAAGGACUUGGAGGAUGUCAGGGAGAUUAUUCUAGUAUAA